CACGUGUGUACACACUAGUGUAGGCUCAGCAGCACUCUGCAGUAGUAAAGUCUGCAACGGACGGCCCCUUUUCAGAACAAGCCUCGUCCGAAAAGUUGAUAGAUAAACUCAGUCUCCACCGUAAGCCAGUAAAACGGUUCUUUUUAGCCUUUAAGAGCGCGUGGGAAGCUGAAGUGAGUAUUUUAGGACCGCGUUUGUGAAAUGAAACGACUGAGAAAUGCCAGUGGAAAUGCUACAUCCAAACCCAAUGCCGCCGUAGGUUUGCCACCGAGCCAAAUAUAUACGUUUCUGUGGAUCUGUUGAGCGAGGCUCCCAGAGUCAGAGCGAUGUGGCUCUGCAUGGUUUACAAUGAGACGGACACCAGCGUGGACUUCCGGCUCUGCCAGGACUUCGGCCUCAUCCUGUCCGUGUUCUCCCUCAUCUACCUCCUGGUGUGCUUCCCGUUGGGGCUGUGCUACAACGUGCUGCUUAUCGUGGUCAACCUCUCCAACAAGGUCUCCAUGACCAUGCCGGAUGUUUAUUUCGUCAACAUGGCUAUCGCGGGCCUGGUGCUCAACCUGGUGGCGCCCGUGGAGCUGCUGAACUCCUCCUUCACCCGCUGGCACGCGUGGGAGUACAACAACGAGGUGUACAUCACCCUGCUCAUCCUCUUCAACAUCUCCUCCCUGGUCAUCAUGUACUCCACCACGCUGCUCAGUCUGGACUACUACAUCGAGCGGGCGCUGCCUCGCACGUACAUGUCCAGCGUGUACAACACCAAGCACGUGUGCGGCUUCAUCUGGGGCGGCGCCGUGCUCACCAGCUUCUCCUCGCUGCUCUUCUACGUGUGCAACCACAUCUCCACCAAGAUGGUCGAGUGCUCCAAAAUGCAGAACAAGGAGGCGGCGGACGCCAUCAUGAUGUUCAUCGGCUACGUGGUUCCCGCCGUGGCUGUUCUUUACGCCUUCGUGCUCAUCCUGCGCAUCAGGAAGGAGUCCACGCCCCUGGACCAGGACUCAGCCCGCCUGGACCCCUCCAUCCACAGACUGCUGCUGGCCUCCGUGUGUGUGCAGUUUGUGCUGUGGACGCCGUACUACAUGACCCUGCUGGUACACACUGUGGCCGGAGCGCCGGGGUACAUUAGCAACACACAUUACUUACCCACAUAUAACUUUCUGAGAUGCGUGUCCAAGCUGCUGGCGUUCUCCAGCAGCUUUGCGAUGCCUCUCAUGUAUCGACAGAUGAACAAAAACUUUUCUAACAAGCUCCAGCGGCUGCUCAGUAGGCUGCGCUGCAGAACCCAGUCCUGCCCUCCUGAACGCUCCACAUUGCAGCAAGUGGUGACGUGAGACCCCAUCCUGGGAGAUUGUUACCCAUGCCCCUCUAACUCCCACUUUUUCAAGCUCUUGGCAUAGCCGGCACUUAUCCCCCCCCCCCCCCAAAGGAGCCAGUAUCUGAUGGAGCUCCCUCGCUGCUCUGGACUGGGUUAAGAGCGACGUAGCUGACUGGAAUUUCCUUCACCUUCCAGAACCUGAUCUGCUCAGUUCUGCAGGGAGAGGACAAACAAAGCAAGAACCACUAAGUGCUGUUAUUUGUUGUCACUGAGUGAAGCUCUCCACUAAGACACAUAAGCUUCUAGUUUGAGGGCGGUAAAUUGGCACAUUAACUACCCAGCGCGGUGUUUUCUCCAAAUUUCACACAAACAGGCGAGCACUCUGUCAUUGCAGUCUGUGCGGCCUCCUGCAUCGGCUGUGUUAUUAAUAUUCUGAGAACAAGUUUGACCUAUUCCUGAUUUCACUGUAGACUCACAUUGCCCUUUGAACAUUUAAUCAGCCUGGCUUUCAAGGAGCAAUUCUGUUUUUACCAGUGGAAGUGUCAAAUGUCAUGUCGACUAGUUUUAAUAUGUAAUGCCGAUAUCUGUAAAGCAGAUUUGACAUGUUACAAAUUACAACGAUCAAGAACAUUUAAAAAGUGAGUUCUGAAUAUCAAUUUAACAGUUUGAUAAGUGAGAAUUGAGUUUUAGAUAUUGCUUAGGACUCGUCAAAAUGACAUUAUGGAUAUGUCGACUUGGAAUUAUAAUGUGUCAAAUUGAUCAAAAUGAAUGAAUGAUUAAUUAUUUAAAAAUGAAUUAAAUUAAAUAUAUGCAAUUGGGUUCGAAUAGAAGUCAAUGUUUUAAGAAAGGUGAAAUCAAAUAAGAGUUAUCUAAACCAAACAUUCACAAGUAUCGAGAAAUAAAAUGUUGACUAUUGAGAUAUAGGAUUUAGAUACAUUUUGGAAAGAAUUCACUACUAUUUAAAAUAACAUCAAGGAUAUGUUAGCUUGAAUUUCUAACUUAAAAAGCAACUGUUAAUAUAUACGAUUGCAAUAAUGAUAUACAAUUGAAGUCCAAACUCGAAUAAUGAAUAAAUAAUUCAUGAUGCUUUCUCCUGACACACUAGCAGAACCAUUGCCGACCCACGUUUUGUGCUGCCAGUGAACAUCAGUGUUUUAUCGCCCUCAAACUAAAAGCCUUGUCCACUUGAAUGAGAUGACAGCUCUGAAUUUAAAGAGCUGGAUUCAUCUUAAACUAAAACGUGUGAUUCCUCAUAAUCAGAGCAAAUAAUCUUCUCAUUUGUAAAGGUAGAGUACAACAUUGAUGGUUUCUUCAUUUCAAAAGCUAUUUUCUUUCUCGGCACCUACACGUAGCUUCUGCUAAGGGGAUGUUUCACUGUAAUAAAUAACACAGCACACAGGUAACACGUUUUUUUGUUGCAUAAACAAUUAAUAUACAUCACUUUAAAGUCACACAGACUACAUGACACAUCGCUCAUUAUUCAGGGUUCAGUCAUAACCGGUAUACCUCUUGUGAUCUCUGCUGAAAUCACAUCACCUGUCAAGCCUAAGCAGCUCAAAUCCACUCUUUAAAAAUCAGCUCAUCAGUAUGAGAACAGAGCCUCAGUCCAGUAUGUGAUUGGUUAAGGAAAUAUACAUGAAGGCCUCACAUGGUGAAGUCCCCACAGGGUCACAGAGGAGGAGGCAUGGACAUUCCCCGCAUUGUGAGAGCGUUUGGGAAGUUGUGUCCAGUGGAAGUAUGAAGCCUGACUAGUUCACAUUUCAAAAACCUCCACACAUGAUAUAUGAGUCGCCUGUCAAGCACCUACAAACAGCAGAUUUUAAACUGCAAUGCUGCUCCAGAUCAUCUGCACUUUUCCCGUUAAAGCCGCUUCUUGCCUGCCACUAAGCUAACGGACUGGACACCAGUUUGAAAAUUAGAAUUUAAACUUGUUUUUGCUUGAGGUCUGUUGCAUCACUGCAUUACUGGCCAGUUUGUGAAUCUCCCUGUGAACAGAUACAUGCAGCGAGGUGGGGCAUUCACUUGAAGACAAAUAGAGAGUGAGCACACUUUUUCACUCAAAUGCUAAAUAAAUAACAAUCAUAUGUAUUUGUAGACAGUUUACACCUUCAAAGGUGUCUUUGACUUUCACUGUAAAUGCCGCAUGUGCUAAAUAGAUUCAAUGCUUAUCAUACAUCUGUUGACAUUCACAAUAUAUCACACAUUUUUUUUAACACCUAGGGAUAUUUUUGUCCACGUGGGGUAUGAAACGGUUCGCAGCAGAGCCCCACCUUCUGUACGUGUAUCCACAAUCAAUCAGUGAGAAGGACUGUUUAUUUGCAACUGAGGCUGUGUGUUUACAUUAUGUGCUGCAAUAUGUGCCGCCCCAUAAAAAAAAAAAGGUUGUCUGGAUCGUGUGACACGGUGAAUCAUUAUUUGAACUUGGAUCAAAGUCCUAAUGCAUUUGGGAUUGUAAGGCAAACAGUAGCACACGGUCAGAUGAUAAGUGGUUUGAAUCAAAGCUUGUGAAUGUCUCAUGGAGGACGUGUAAGCAGCAUUGUGUUGUAUUGGUGUUCAUUAUCAGCCCAGAAUUGGUGCACUUUUGUUAUGCAAUUACUGAAACCCCCAACUAUUAUUUGAAAAAAGGGCCUACAAUGACACUUGAUUUAAAAAGAUUCUAUUGUUGAGUGUGACAUUUGAACAUGUUCCAAUUGGUAUUUUGUAGCAAUUUAUCCAGAUACUUUAUUUUCAUUCAGACAUCCAACUAAGAAAAAACAUAUUUUUGAUAAUUAAUUUUAAGUUUAAAGGCAUUCACCUGUCAGUCCAAAUCUUCAUCCCCCCCAGGAUAAAGUAUUCUUACUCCGAUUGAUUAUGACUAUCUAACUUUACCAUGUUGCCUUUAACACCGCCACGUUUUGCAAGAUUGCUUGAUUUGAUAUGUGCCAUCUAAAUCUGAAUUUCUCUUUAAAUAUCUAAAGUAAGUAAGAGACGGGACCUAAAACAAACUUCUUGGCAGACGUAAUAAUGAGCAAUCAGCAAAAAAUGGACUGACUGCACGAUGCACACAACUGGAUAAAUAAAAAAAGAAAGAUCAAUUUGAGGCCAAAAUCCGACCCAACUCAGAUUACUGCUGAGUUUGGUUUAUUAUUCCAGAGGGGCCAUAAUCUCACAUCAGGGCGAAGACAUUUGAAUAAUAAUCACUGCGCUCAGUUCAAUUGCUGAAGAGACCAGAAGUGUAAAAACACCCUCCAAGUUCUCGUGUGUCGAAUGUAUACAGAUGCAUUUUAACUAUUUGAACGGCAAAACCUCAAGAGUCCACUUUUUCAGAUGUGAUGCUUUUUGUGACUGUGUAUGCAAGUGUAUAAUGUAUAAUACAAAAGAAUGUGUAUAUAUUGUAUGUGAGAGAUUUACAGGAAGAUACCAUGCUCUUUCCAAAACACAGUAUUAUUUUUCUGAGAUAUAUAUAUUUAGAUUCUGUAAGUAAUCUACUCUAUUGUCAACUGAGUCAAAGACUGAUUAAACAAUAAACUAACAUUGAUAUCA